CAGACGGAGCAGGCGGAGCCGGCCGAGGACGAGCUGGCCGACCCCGCCUGCGCCUGCUGCCUCAACGACAUCGACGACGACGAGUUUGUCCAGGCGCUCGGCAAGUCGUUCCACCCAGAGUGUUUCAGGAAGAAAUUCAGGUGCUCCGUCUGCGACGCCUCGCUCGCCGCCUGGUACUUCGAGAAGGACGGCAUCCUCUUCUGCCAGGCCGACUACGCCGAUAAGUUCGGAGAGGCGUGCCAGACGUGCUCCAAGGUGAUCACGGGCCCUGUGAUGGAGGCGGCCGAGCACAAGUUCCAUCCGGAGUGUUUCCGCUGCACCUCGUGCAGCGGCUUCAUCGAGGACGGGCAGGCUUACGCCCUUAUUGAACGCUCCAAGCUCUACUGUGGCGACUGCUACACGCGGCGUAUGGAGCUGCUGGCGCCGGCCGAGCCGUUCCGCAAGCCGCACUCGAUCCAGCUGGUGCAGCUGCCGGGCGGCGGCGAGGCGGCCGGCCGGCACAUCCGGCUGGGCUCGCCCGACCCCGGCUCGCUGGCCGUGCGCAUCGCCGAGAUGAACCUGGGCUCUGAGCUGGCGUCGCUGCACGCCGGUGACCGGGUGCUGGAGGUGAACGGGCUGGCCGUCUCCGGCAGCAACAUGGCCGCCAUCGAGAGGCUCAUCAACCACGGCGAGAAUGACGUCCAGGGCGGCCGCCAGAGGCGCUGGCGGCGCGCCGACGAGGGCUACAUGUCGGGCCGCAGCCGGCAGCUGCGCCGCCCCAGCCGGCCAGACAAGGAGGAGCGCGCCAGCAGCAUGCCGCGCAUCCUGGAGAGCGGGCUGGACGCCGACCACGACCCUCUGGCGCGCACCCAGUCGUUCCGCGCGCCGCCGCAGCACCAGCGCAUCUUCCGCGCCGCCGACCUGGUCAAGAGCGACCUGCUCGGCACCGGCUUCUUCGGCAAGGUUUUCAAGGUUACUCACCAAACCACUGGGGAAGUGAUGGUUCUCAAGGAGUUGUACAGGGUGGACGAGGACGCGCAGUCAAACUUCCUGAAAGAGGUGGCGGUGCUGCGCUCGCUGGACCACCCCAACGUGCUGGGCUUCAUCGGCGUGCUGUACAAGGAGCGGAAGCUGCACCUGGUGACGGAGUACAUCAGCGGCGGCUCGCUCUGGGACCUGAUCCACAACGCCGGCGAGCCGCUGCCCUGGGAGCAGCGGGUGGGCUUCGCGCGCGACAUCGCCGCCGGCAUGGCGUACCUGCACAGCCGCGACAUCAUCCACCGCGACCUCAACUCGCACAACUGUCUAGUCAGGGAGAACCGUACGGUGGUGGUGGCCGACUUCGGCCUGGCCCGCAUAAUCACCGAGAACCAUUCGACGCUGGAGCGGCGCAAGAUGAACCGCGCCCGCCGCCUGCAGCGCAAGAAACGGUAUACCGUGGUGGGCAACCCGUACUGGAUGGCGCCGGAGAUGAUGCGGGGCCAGAAGUACGACGAGAAGGUGGACAUCUUCUCGUUCGGGAUCAUUCUGUGCGAGGUGAUCGGGCGGGUGGCGGCCGACCCCGACUUCCUGCCGCGCCGCUCCAAGGACUUCGGCCUGGACGAGGGCGAGUUCCAGAGCCGCUUCUGCGCCGGCUGCCCGCAGGCCUUCUUCAAGAUCACCUGCCUCUGCUGCAACACGAACGCCGACCUGCGGCCCGCGUUCACGCUCACCGAGGACUGGCUGCAGACGCUCGGCCUGCACAUAUCGGUGUGCGCCGAGCCGCCCGAGGAGCUGCUGGCAGACCUGGACCAGUUCGCGGCCGGCGGUCAGCCGCAGAUGCCGGAGCCGGCCGAGUCGCCGCCGCAGCCUCCGCCGCCACCGCUGCUGCGCACCAUCUCCGAGACGCCGCCCACCUACUACUACCUGACGCCGCCCGACAGCCCAUCAGCCGUCCAGACCACCGCCCUCUGACCGCCCGGAGGACCCGGAGACCACCGCUCUGUGACCUCCCGGAGGACCUGGAGACCACCGCUCUGUGACCGCCCGGAGGACCCGGAGACCACCGCUCUGUGACCGCCCGGAGGACCCGGAGACCACCGCUCUGUGACCUCCCGGAGGACCUGGAGACCACCGCUCUGUGACCGCCCGGAGGACCCGGAGACCACCGCUCUGUGACCUCCCGGAGGACCUGGAGACCACCGCUCUGUGACCGCCCGGAGGACCAAAACCACCGCUCUGUGACCACCCGGAGGACCCGGAGACCACCGCCCUUGGAUCGCCCAAAGGACACGGAGACCACCGUUCUCUGACCGCCCGGAGAACACGGAGACCACCGCUCCCGAACCGCCCGGAAGACCCGGAGACCGCCGUUCUCUAACCGCCCGGAGGACCUUCAGACCACCGCGUGGCGGGCCCCCUGAACGCCCAACAGGCACGAAGACCACCGCGCCCAAACCAUUGAAACUUUGUGGUCUCAUCAGAACCUCAAAUGACUUGUGACGAGUAAGCGGAAUCAGAGCAUCCAUUUCAUAAGCAUUAAAGAGCUGACUUGUUGAUCUCUACAUCCGAUCUUCUUUCGUGGGUCGGCCUACAGACUGGGGAUCCCUUGAAUGUUCCACGUCUCGCGCUGCUGCUGUCCUGGCCGCGUCUGACUACCUCCGGUAGGGAGUUGUACGGCCGGGAGCAGCCGGGCGCGCGCAGUCCGCGCCGUGAACAUCGCAGGGCGGGAGGCGGGCGGGGCCUGACAUGAGCUGUUGAUCACCGGCCGUGACCGGCGGCUGCUGUGACGCGGCAACACCGGCGCGGCUCGACGGCGACGGCGGCUCGCUGGAGGUCGUCCGGCGCCUGGGCCAGCCUCGCGCGUGUCGUGUAGCUGCCAGUGCCCCGGCAAGCAGGAUGACCAUUAGCGGUGCUGCACCGUUGCCAGUCGUCGACCGUCACACUCGCUGGGUGGGUGCUGCUGGUGUUUGGCAGCUGUCUGUGUGUGCUUCCGUGUGUUCGCCGCGCGGGAGUGUGGGAUUCUGCCUGUGUUGCAGUCGAGGACGCUGAACUGGAGCUUGCGGCUGUUGUGUUGAAUAGGUGCACUGCAUAAUUAGUCAUUCAUAGACGAUCUCUCUGGCGUAGCUGCACAGUAGGACCAUCGAGACAUUCCGGAGAGUUUGGUGCGAUCGUCGGCCCCUCUCCUCCCUGACCGUUCCCGGGCUCCCGACGUUUCGUCAGCCCCCCCCCCCCCCGGCCAGGUCGUUGAGGCUGGGUUGGAUCAUCUGCUGAGAUCUCGAGGGAAGGUGGCAUCUGAGCCCAACCGGCGGCGCGCCGGCCCGGCGGUAGCGUCUCAACCUCGGCAACAAUAGCAUAACUGAACUCGCGCGCUGGCGGCCAUCCGUCCGUGCGGCGGCCUUCCCGUGGUCCGAACUCUGCCUGCAGCAGCUCGGCUCGGCCACGGUCACGCUGGCAGUCAGGCGCCCUCCGUGCCGUGCUGCGA